AUCGUCAAAUUGCCAGUAAUCCAUGCUGAAGAGGCUCCAUUCAUACAGAUGAACCAAGGGUUGAGGCAGCACUUUAAACCCAGAUAGUCAGUCGGCUAACUGCCCAGCAGGAUGCCAUCGACCAGCCGAGCGGGCAGCCUGAAGGACCCCGAAAUUGCAGAGCUCUUCUUCAAAGAAGAUCCAGAAAAGCUCUUCACAGAUCUCCGAGAGAUUGGCCAUGGAAGCUUCGGAGCAGUUUAUUUUGCACGUGAUGUGCGCACCAAUGAAGUGGUGGCCAUCAAGAAAAUGUCCUAUAGUGGGAAGCAAUCCAAUGAGAAAUGGCAGGAUAUUAUUAAAGAAGUCAAGUUCCUCCAAAGAAUAAAGCACCCUAACAGUAUAGAAUACAAAGGCUGCUAUUUGCGGGAGCAUACGGCAUGGCUUGUUAUGGAAUAUUGCUUAGGAUCAGCCUCAGACUUAUUAGAAGUUCAUAAAAAGCCAUUGCAAGAAGUGGAAAUAGCAGCAAUUACCCAUGGUGCUCUCCAGGGAUUAGCAUACUUGCAUUCUCACAAUAUGAUCCAUAGAGAUAUCAAGGCAGGAAACAUCCUGCUGACAGAGCCCGGCCAGGUGAAGCUUGCUGACUUCGGAUCUGCUUCCAUAGCAUCUCCUGCCAACUCCUUUGUGGGGACGCCAUAUUGGAUGGCCCCAGAAGUAAUUUUAGCCAUGGAUGAAGGGCAAUAUGAUGGCAAAGUAGAUGUUUGGUCUCUUGGAAUUACCUGUAUUGAGUUAGCGGAAAGGAAGCCUCCUUUGUUUAAUAUGAACGCAAUGAGUGCCUUAUAUCACAUAGCGCAGAAUGAAUCCCCUACUCUACAGUCUAAUGAAUGGUCUGAUUAUUUUCGAAACUUCGUAGAUUCUUGCCUCCAGAAAAUUCCUCAAGACAGACCUACAUCAGAGGAGCUUCUGAAGCACAUGUUUGUUCUUCGAGAGCGGCCCGAAACAGUGUUAAUAGACUUGAUUCAGAGAACAAAGGAUGCAGUGAGAGAACUGGACAAUCUGCAGUAUCGUAAAAUGAAGAAGCUCCUCUUCCAGGAGGCACACAACGGCCCCGCCGUGGAAGCACAGGAGGAGGAGGAGGAACAAGAUCAUGGUGUUGGCAGGACAGGAACGGUGAAUAGUGUCGGAAGUAAUCAGUCCAUCCCCAGUAUGUCUAUCAGUGCCAGUAGCCAAAGCAGUAGUGUUAACAGUCUUCCAGAUGCCUCAGAUGAUAAGAGCGAGCUGGAUAUGAUGGAGGGAGACCACACCGUGAUGUCAAAUAGCUCUGUCAUUCAUUUAAAGCCGGAGGAAGAAAACUACAGAGAAGAGUCAGAUCCUCGAACGAGGGCGUCAGAACCCCAGUCUCCUCCGCAGGUGUCUCGCCACAAGUCUCAUUAUCGCAACCGGGAGCACUUUGCUACUAUACGCACAGCAUCGCUGGUGACAAGGCAAAUGCAGGAACAUGAGCAAGACUCUGAACUCCGAGAGCAGAUGUCUGGCUAUAAACGCAUGAGGCGGCAACACCAGAAGCAACUGAUGGCAUUAGAGAAUAAACUGAAGGCAGAGAUGGACGAGCAUCGCCUCAGGUUGGACAAAGAUCUUGAAACACAGCGUAACAAUUUUGCUGCAGAAAUGGAAAAGUUAAUUAAAAAGCACCAAGCAGCCAUGGAAAAAGAGGCUAAAGUGAUGGCCAACGAAGAAAAGAAGUUUCAACAGCAUAUUCAGGCCCAGCAGAAAAAAGAACUGAACAGUUUCCUGGAAUCCCAGAAGAGAGAAUAUAAGCUCCGUAAAGAGCAGCUGAAAGAGGAGCUGAAUGAAAACCAGAGCACUCCAAAGAAGGAGAAGCAGGAGUGGCUUUCCAAGCAGAAGGAGAAUAUCCAGCAUUUCCAGGCAGAGGAAGAAGCCAACUUGCUGAGGCGUCAGCGACAGUACUUGGAGCUGGAGUGUCGCCGCUUUAAGAGACGGAUGCUCCUUGGGCGCCAUAAUCUGGAGCAGGACCUGGUUCGGGAGGAGUUAAACAAGAGGCAGACGCAGAAGGACCUGGAGCACGCCAUGCUGCUGCGGCAGCACGAGUCCAUGCAGGAGCUGGAGUUCCGCCACCUCAGCACCAUCCAGAAGAUGCGCUGCGAGCUCAUCCGGCUCCAGCACCAGACCGAGCUCACCAACCAGCUGGAGUACAACAAGCGCCGCGAGCGGGAGCUGCGGCGCAAGCACGUCAUGGAGGUCCGGCAGCAGCCCAAGAGCCUGAAGUCAAAAGAACUACAGAUAAAGAAGCAGUUUCAGGAUACAUGCAAGAUCCAAACCAGACAGUACAAAGCACUGAGAAACCAUCUGCUGGAGACCACGCCAAAGAGUGAACAUAAAGCUGUCCUCAAACGGCUCAAGGAGGAGCAGACACGGAAGCUGGCUAUCCUGGCUGAGCAGUAUGAUCACAGCAUUAAUGAAAUGCUCUCUACACAAGCUCUGCGUUUGGACGAAGCACAGGAAGCAGAGUGCCAGGUUUUGAAGAUGCAGCUGCAGCAGGAGUUGGAGCUGCUGAAUGCAUAUCAGAGUAAAAUCAAGAUGCAGGCAGAAGCCCAGCAUGAUCGGGAGCUGCGUGACCUUGAGCAGAGGGUGUCCCUCCGCCGGGCCCUCCUUGAGCAGAAGAUCGAGGAGGAGAUGCUGGCGUUGCAGAACGAGCGCACCGAACGGAUACGAAGCCUGCUGGAGCGUCAGGCUCGCGAGAUCGAAGCCUUUGACUCAGAAAGCAUGAGGCUAGGUUUUAGUAACAUGGUUCUUUCUAAUCUCUCCCCCGAGGCGUUCAGCCACAGCUACCCGGGAGCUUCUGGCUGGUCCCAUAAUCCUACUGGGGGCGCAGGACCUCACUGGGGUCAUCCCAUGGGUGGCCCACCGCAAGCUUGGGGCCAUCCAAUGCAAGGUGGACCCCAGCCAUGGGGUCACCCCUCGGGGCCCAUGCAGGGGGUACCUCGAGGUAGUGCUAUAGGGGUCCGCAACAGCCCCCAGGCUCUGAGGCGGACGGCUUCUGGGGGACGGACGGAACAGGGCAUGAGCAGGAGCACAAGUGUUACUUCACAAAUAUCCAAUGGUUCACACAUGUCUUAUACAUAACUUAAACAAUAACUGAGGGUGGCAAUUCCACUGGAGCUGUCUGCCAACAGAAACUGCCUACAGACACCAGCCCAGCAGCCUCCUCAGUGCGGUGCUGACGUGUGGAAGCUGGGUGCACAUGGAAUAUUGUAUUCAUUUUGUAAAGCAUUAUGUUUUGUGUUUACUAACUGGGAUGUCAUAGUAUUUGGCUGCAGGGUUGGGAGGGUUGGUUUUCGUUUGUCUGUUUGUUUUUACUUCUUGGAGGGGACUUGGGAGGGCAUCUGAGAAAUAUAUGCAAUUAGUCAGAAGAGUUGGCUGGUGGUUGUCACACUGACAUGACAGCAGGGCCUCAGACUGUCGUUGUCAUGCCAUCCAUAGGAAGUCUGAGGGAGAAUGGAGACCUCCUCCCAUGUCCAUAAAUUUCUAACUGCCACCCUGCAAAAACCAGGUGAGCUGCCUUUAAGCCAACAUCCAAGGAAGGAACAGCUGGAUCUUCUGUUCCAUUUUUAUUUGUCAUAAAAUUGGAUACAUUUCUAGAGUAUUGCCUCUGCCAGGAGGCAUUUUCAGAGGCUUGUAGGUGAGGAAGAAGGGUAAGAAGAGAGGCCAAGAGACACCAGGGCUCGGCAGGGCCCUUGGACCCAAGUGCCCACUCCGUGGUGUUUAAGAAGAGUCGUUCUCUCAGAAGGCACCAGUCAGCCUCCCGAGACCUGCACGGGUGAACCCGUCUGGAGGGAACAGGCUAGAAAUGUUCAGUUAUAUUCCUGCUUUGGCACUCCCUGACUGUGCUGCUGUUAGCUCAGGUGAGGUUGGGCAGAGGAGCUUAAGUAAUGCACUUGUACAGCUAAUACUGUGACAUCUCAUUUUAGCUAAGCAUCAGAAUAAUUCUUGGAGCCCAGCAUAGUCCUUUUUGCUCCAUUCAGAAAUGUUAGAUUUUCAGCCAAUCAAAUCUCAAAUGCCAGAGGUAUUUUGAAGAAUGCCAUAGUCACAAAAUGCCAUUGAUCGGAUUUUUCAUUAUUACACUACAUCCACCAAUUUAUUACCUUUUUGGCUUGUUGCAAUUUUCCUGUUUACAUGUAGAGUGUAGCCAACUGUUUAAAUGUUUAGUUGCCACAGUGUACCAGGAGGAGCUGAGCCAAUGACUCUUUCCCAGCUGAUGACUAACCCACAUCACCACUGUAGAUCUUGCUGCAUGUGAGGCUCCUUUUUAUUAUUUUGGUUGCUGCAAUAUUUUACAACUUCUACAGUCCCUAGAAAUGCUGUGAUUGUUUGGCAGCCUGUCACACCAUGCGAGAAGGCACUACUUCCAGAGGCUCCUUGGAGCUGCUGUACUACUGAAAGGAAGCAAAGGUGGUUGUGAAAUCAAUCCAGCCAGAAAGGGUCAGGGAGUCGAAUGACUUUGUGGCAGUGUCAUCCCUUAGUGCUGGCCAUUGGAGAUGCCCCCGUGCU